GUUCAUUCCCCGAGAAAGAAAGAAGGAAAGUGAGUUAUGGCCUGUCAACAAGAGAAGGAGCUGCCGGCAGCAUCAGACUGUGCGCUGCCAUUGGUCUCCGUCAACCAUGCCUCCUUCCUCUGCAGCUCCGUCGCCGACACUGCCAACUUCUAUCAGGACGUUCUGGGCUUUGCUCUCAUCAAGCGCCCUUCCUUUAACUUCGACGGUGCCUGGUUGUUCAAUUGUGGCAUAGGAAUUCACUUGAUUCAGUGCAGCUCCAUCAGUGACAUGCCCAGGAAGUCCCAAGUUAUCAACCCCAAAGGCAAUCACAUCUCUUUCCAAUGUGGAGACAUGGAGCUGGUGAAGAAGAAGCUGGAGGCCAUGAGCAUCAAGUACGUGACGGGGAUGGUGGAGGAAGGAGGAAUAAGGGCGGACCAAGUCUUCUUUCACGACCCCGAUGGAUACAUGAUAGAGAUUUGCAACUGUGAGAAGCUUCCAAUUCUUUCUCUUCCGCCUUGCUCCAUCAGCCAAUCUUUCUUCACUUCAAACUGCAGCAAGCCUCUCAGAGUUGCUGCUGCACGCAAAAUCUCUUUGCAGAAUUCCAUUGGAUCAAACUAAGAUGGCGGAGGGUAAAUUUACCAAGUGAUGUUAUGGCCACUGCAUGGGCAAUUGUAAAGCAUUGCUCGUCUCCCC